UCCCGAGAACUACUUCCGGGGGUCAUUGCCGUACAUCGUUUUUUCCCUGAGCUGUUCUAUUUUCAGUUUCAACUUUUAUACAUAUUUACCAACACAAUGUCCCGAGGGUCGAGUGCAGGAUUUGACCGACAUAUUACCAUCUUCUCUCCAGAGGGCAGACUCUACCAAGUCGAAUAUGCAUUCAAGGCUAUCAAUCAAGGUGGCCUUACCUCAUUAGCUAUCCGAGGACAAGACUGUGCAGUUGUCGUCACACAGAAGAAAGUUCCAGACAAGCUUCUUGAUGCCUCCACAGUCACACACCUAUUCAAAAUCACAGAAAACAUUGGCUGUGUCAUGUCCGGAAUGACAGCUGACAGCAAGUCUCAAGUCCAGAGAGCUCGCUACGAAGCAGCCAACUGGAAGUACAAGUACGGCUAUGAGAUCCCAGUGGACAUGCUGUGUAAGAGGAUGGCUGACAUCUCUCAGGUGUACACACAGAACGCUGAGAUGAGACCUCUGGGUUGCUGCAUGAUAGUGAUUGGUGUGGACGAGGAGUGUGGUCCCCAGGUGUAUAAGUGUGACCCUGCAGGAUACUACUGUGGCUUCAAGGCCACCGCUGCUGGGGUCAAACAGACAGAGGCCACCACCUUCCUGGAGAAAAAGGUCAAGAAGAAACUGGACUGGACCUUUGCGCAAACAAUCGAGACUGCGAUAACUUGUUUGUCUACGGUACUGUCCAUUGACUUCAAGCCCUCCGAGCUAGAGAUCGGUGUCAUUACAACGGAAGACCCUAAAUUCAGGAUCCUGACAGAGACCGAGAUCGAUGUCCACCUUGUGUCCCUGUCAGAGCGAGAUUGAGUGUUUCCAUGUGUUCCAGUCUAGAGGGGAGACUACCCUAGAAAUAUGACAGAGAACACUACCGUUGAUCUUCAGAACAAAAGCGCUGACUUCUUUUUUGCUGUACAUUUACGCUGUUCAAUUAAAGAGAAUGUUUUCGAGAAACUCAAA